GGUGCUCGAAUGAGGCUGAGGAUGGGUUUGAGUUGGAUGGAGAAGGCGGGAAUUUGCUUCUCUGCCAAUCAGCUCCCCAUCUCGCCCUCUGGUGGCCUCCUGACUUGGCGUAACUAUGGGCAUGCUCCAAGGUGGUCCCUGACUGCCCCCACGAGGGGACUGGAGGGGGUUCCAAAUGGGCGAAGAGGGGACGGCGGGCACCGUGCAUCUGCUCUGCCUCGCGGCCUCAAGCGGAGUCCCCUUGUUCUGCAGAAGCAGCCGCGGCGGCGCCCCCGCCCGCCAGCAGCUCCCGUUCUCUGUCAUCGGCUCUCUCAAUGGAGUACACAUGUUUGGUCAGAAUCUUGAGGUGCAGCUGAGUUCUGCAAGGACCGAGGACACGACCGUGGUGUGGAAAAGCUUCCAUGACAGCAUCACCCUCAUUGUCCUGUCAUCUGAGGAGGGCACCUCAGAGCUGAGGCUGGAGAGGCUACUCCAGGUGGUGUUUGGGGCCAUGGUUCUUCUUGUGGGACUUGAGGAACUGACCAAUAUCCGCAACGUAGAGAGGCUGAAGAAGGAGUUGAGGGCCAGUUACCGCCUCAUUGACAGUUUCCUGGGGGACUCUGAGCUGAUCGGGGACCUGACCCAGUGUGUGGACUGUGUGGUUCCUCCAGAGGGGUCUCUCCUGCAGGAAGCCCUGUCUGGGUUCGCCGAGGCAGCUGGCACGGCCUUUGGCAGCCUCGUCGUGUCGGGCCGGGUGGUCGCAGCGACAGAGAGCUGGUGGCGGCUGGGGACGCCGGAGGCCGUGCUGCUCCCCUGGCUGGUGGGGUCCUUGCCGCCUCAGGCCGCUCGCGACUACCCGGUGUACCUGCCACACGGGAGUCCCACGGUCCCGCACCGGCUUCUAACCCUGACGCUGCUGCCGGGCUUGGAGCUUUGUUUGCUCUGCGGGCCGCGCCCUCCCCUCAGCCAGCUGGAUCCACAGCUCCUGGACCGCUGGUGGCAGCCAGUGCUAGACCCGCUGCGGGCCUGCGUGCCACUGGGACCCCGAGCGUUGCCCGCUGGCUUCCCCCUGCACAUGGACAUCCUCGGGCUGCUGCUUCUCCACCUAGAAUUGAAACGUUGCCUCUUCACCGUGGAGCCCUCUGGGGAUCAAGAGCCUUCUCCUGAGCAGCGUAGGCGUCUCCUCCGCUCCUUCUACACCUUGGUCACCGCCACCCACUUCCCACCAGAGCUGGGGUCACCAGAGGAGAAGGUGGAGGACGCAGCCCAGAGGGCCCAGGUGCCAAGAGCCUGCUACCUGGUGUCUGGACCCGAGGAGCCAGGCGCAGGAUGGCGGCUGGUGGCCCUGCAGUUGGGGCCGCGGCGGUUGCUGCUGCUGCUGUCCUCCCAGAGCCCCACCCAUGGGUUGCGGAGCUUGGCCACCCACACUCUGCACGCCCUCACCCCGCUUCUCUGAGCACUGGGCAGCCAGGAGCCGUGAACACAGACUCUGCUAGUA